UCCUUCCCAACUUCCCCGUGCCUUUUUCCCUUCUGGCCUUCUCUCCUCUUCACUCUUCUCUUUCCUUCUUUCUUGGUCUACCGAUCAACUGUUUGUUCAUUUGCUCUCCUGCUAUGAAGUUAUGGAGCUGGGCCUGAGCUUGGGAGGAGAAAAUCCGUCAAAACCGUUUGGGUUCACAGCAAAAGCCAAUGGGUCGUCUGAAAACCAAAACCAUCCUAAUAACACCAACAACAAAGAUUCCUCCUCAUCUGCUAAACUUGGCUUAGGGUUCUGCAUGGCCUUGGGCAUCAACAACAACUCAAAUGAGACGAGGGAAUCAAGGAGAAAUAGUGAAUCUAAAGACAAUGAUGGUAUGGAUGCUGAUGCUGAUGAUGUAGAUGAAGAUGAUGAUCGUACUUCUUCUGAACACACUAGAGAUGACGAUGAUCGAAGAAGAGGGAUCUCUGUUGAUACCCCUCUUCAGCUUAAUCUUCUUCCGCUUGCUCCUGUCCCUCGUCGUACACCAAUCCAUACCCAACCACUCCGUUGGUCAUCUGAUAACGGGAGUUCUGGGUCGUCGGGGAACGUGGGGUUACCGGUGGUGGGGAGGGGAUUUGACGUGAACAGGGUGCCGGCGGUAGGUGGGGUUGCGGAGGAGGUGUCGUCGCCAAACAGUGUGGCGUCGUCAUUUCAGAUGGAUUUUAGCAUUUUCAGAGGCGGUGGAAAUCUUGGGAAUGGUGGAAACAAAAGGGACUUCGGAGCUGCUGCUGGAAACGACGUCGUGGAGGCUGAGAGAACAUCCUCAAGAGCCAGUGAUGAGGAUGAAAAUGGUCUUAAUACUCGGAAGAAACUUAGACUGUCUAAAGAACAGUCUGCUUAUCUUGAAGAAAGCUUCAAAGAGCACAACACCCUCAAUCCGAAGCAAAAGCUUGCGCUUGCAAAACAGCUUAAUCUUAGGCCUCGACAGGUUGAAGUUUGGUUUCAGAACCGAAGAGCAAGGACAAAGUUGAAGCAAACGGAGGUGGAUUGCGAGUACUUGAAGAGGUGUUGCGAAACUUUGACAGACGAGAACAGAAGGCUGCACAAGGAACUGCAAGAAUUGAGAGCCCUCAAGACUUCCAACCCAUUCUACAUGCAACUCCCGGCCACCACGCUCACCAUGUGUCCCUCUUGUGAACGCGUGGCAACAACUUCCACCACCACGGCCGCCGCCGCCGCCCCUGUUCCCUCAACCACCACCACCACAACCACCACGCCUGCCACCAAUGUUAAAAGUACCACCACGGCCACCACCACAACUAGUGACAAUGCUCCAAAAGCCAUCCCAUUUCCCAUCUCUAGACCAAGGUUCUACCCUUUCGCUGCUGCUGCUGCUGCUGCUGCACAUACAAACCAUCCCCACCACCACCACCACCACCACCACCAGUCUGCAGCCUCAUAAAUAUGGACACAAAACAAGAAAAGAAUCCCAAAAUGGUCCCGAGUACUAUUAUUAUUAGUUGGAGAUAUUAAUAUUACUAAAAUCUUUGUGACUUUGUUUUGGCAUUUACUCCUUACCAGCUAGUGGAUGGUAUGUCUCCUCAUGUGUACAUACUACAAAUCUUUGGUUGUUGGCUUGAUUGAUUUUUCAUUUUCCGGGGGAAGAAGGGUUCUUCCUUCUCAAAUUGGAGCAUUUUUUUAGCUCAUGGAUGUAUUAAAUUAUUGUUCCAUACUCUAUAAAGUAUUUAGGCGCAGUAGAAAGAAAGAGAAAACAUUAGAGGAGGACGUAGAAUCUUAGAGUGGUGAUUUACAAGAAGUUCCUUUGUUUUCUUGAUUUUCUUGGGGAGUAAAAAUUGGGGAAAUUUUAUUUAUUCUACUUGUA